ACCAUGGCGGCGGCGGUGGUGGCAGCGGCGGCAAUGCGGGCACGGAUCCUGCAGGUCUCUUCCAAAGUGAAUUCCACUUGGUAUCCAGCAUCCUCCUUCUCUUCAUCAGUGCCAACUGUAAAGCUCUUCAUUGAUGGGAAAUUUGUUGAAUCCAAAAGUGACAAAUGGAUUGACAUCCACAACCCAGCCACCAAUGAGGUCAUUGGUCGGGUUCCUCAGGCUACCAAGGCUGAAAUGGAUGCAGCUGUUGCUUCCUGCAAACGUGCUUUUCCUGCAUGGGCAGACACUUCAGUGUUAAGCCGCCAGCAGGUCCUACUCCGCUAUCAACAGCUCAUUAAAGAAAACUUGAAAGAAAUUGCCAAGUUAAUCACACUGGAACAAGGGAAGACCCUCGCUGAUGCUGAAGGAGACGUAUUCCGAGGCCUUCAGGUGGUCGAGCAUGCCUGCAGUGUGACAUCCCUCCUGCUGGGAGAGACCAUGCCAUCCAUCACCAAAGAUAUGGACCUUUAUUCCUACCGUCUGCCUCUGGGGCUAUGUGCAGGCAUCACUCCGUUCAACUUUCCUGCCAUGAUCCCCCUUUGGAUGUUUCCCAUGGCCAUGGUGUGUGGAAAUACCUUCCUGUUGAAACCAUCAGAGCGAGUUCCCGGAGCAAGCAUGCUUCUUGCUAAGUUGCUCCAGGACUCUGGUGCCCCAGACGGAACACUGAACAUCGUCCACGGACAACAUGACGCUGUAAACUUUAUUUGUGAUCAUCCGGAUAUCAAAGCAAUCAGCUUUGUGGGAUCCAACCAGGCAGGAGAGUACAUCUUCGAGAGAGGGUCAAGACAUGGCAAGAGAGUUCAAGCCAAUAUGGGAGCCAAGAACCAUGGGGUAGUCAUGCCAGAUGCCAAUAAGGAAAAUACCCUGAACCAGCUGGUUGGGGCAGCAUUUGGAGCUGCCGGUCAGCGCUGCAUGGCUCUUUCCACAGCGAUCCUUGUGGGAGAAGCUAAGAGGUGGCUGCCCGAGCUGGUGGAGCGUGCCAAAAACUUGAGAGUCAAUGCGGGAGACCAGCCUGGAGCUGAUCUUGGCCCUCUGAUCACCCCCCAGGCCAAAGAGCGAGUCUGUAAUCUGAUUGACAGUGGAACAAAGGAGGGAGCUUCUAUCCUUCUUGAUGGUCGAAAAAUUAAAGUCAAGGGCUAUGAAAAUGGCAACUUUGUUGGACCAACCAUCAUCUCAAAUGUCAAGCCAACAAUGACCUGUUACAAAGAGGAGAUUUUUGGUCCAGUUCUUGUAGUUCUGGAGGCAGACACUUUGGAUGAAGCCAUCAAGAUAGUAAAUGACAAUCCGUAUGGAAAUGGAACUGCCAUCUUCACUACCAAUGGAGCCACUGCUCGGAAAUAUUCCCACCUGGUGGACGUUGGACAGGUGGGGGUGAAUGUCCCUAUUCCAGUGCCUUUGCCAAUGUUCUCAUUCACCGGCUCUCGAUCUUCCUUCAGGGGAGACACCAAUUUCUAUGGCAAACAGGGCAUCCAUUUCUACACACAGCUAAAGACCAUCACUUCUCAGUGGAAAGAAGAAGAUGCUACUCUUUCCUCGCCUGCCGUAGUCAUGCCUACCAUGGGCCGUUAGAAACAAGUCUGUUCCUGAGUAAUCUCCCUGUAUUCUUGACCAACUUCAUUUGCCAACUUUGCUCAAAUCAGAUCCCUAGGACUGGAAUACCUGGUAACUAAAAUCUUUCUCAAGACCAUUAGCCCCUGUCAGUUGCUCUAGGGAGAUUCCUAGUAUGACUCUGAAACCAGAUUUUCACUUGCUUUUUUUCAGUUUUUGAGGUAACUGUUUUAACUGUGAAAUGCUUAUAUGGAAUGAGAACUGAGACCUACUUUCUAGAUGUUCUCCCCUUUUCUGAUGACUCGAAGGGAUGAUGAGUGUAUAUAAGAUCUUCUAGUAACUAGAAGAGGACCUCUUGGAUGGGGAAAUAAGACAGAAAUAAUUCACCCUUCGGUUGAUCCUCAAACACAGCCCUAUAUAAAUGGCAGUAGGGGAGACCCCUCUGCCAAGCUUU